UCACAACAGAAUUGGAAUCAGGUUCUGUGAUGUCAUGGAGAAGAAGCAGGUCUUUUUUUCAGCUGCUGAAGAUUUGCUCAUUUUCUGCUUUAAGGACUCCAUUGUUCAGUAGAGGGAGAUUUCUGCUGUUAAAACUGAAAGGUGAACUCUACAGUAAUGAUUGCUACAAUUCUCUUAAGGAACAACUUGACGAGACAGCUCGGACGUGUUAUGAACCAGGAGCGCUGGUGUGUUCCUCUGGCCAGACUUUUACACACCGUCCCCGCUGAGAAUGAACGGCGCAAAGCCGUUGUUAAAAAGGAAGUCGAUUUCGGUGUCAGAUGUUUCAAUGCAGGGAAUAUCUAUGCACCCAGACAAUUCGGCCUGGUUGGAAAUCAAUGGUUAUUCAAACAAGGGUCAGUCCUAAAUAACUCAUUGUCUCUGACCUCACGGAUCGGCCAGCCAUGCUUUCAGAAUUGCAAAAGCGUGGUGAAGACAUCGUUUGUACGUGAAUAUUGUACACCUCAAGAUGGAAAAGGACCUAAUGAGAAGAAGGUACCAUUUCCUGGUCCUCUGAUGAGUGAUAAGAUACAGAAGGACGACCUGAUCAGGUUUAUUCAGGGGAAAAGUCAGGAGUGUUUCCAACAGCUGAAUGACCCUGAUCAACAGACCUUCUAUUUCUUCUGGCUGAUUAUGGAACUCUUCUAUAAACGAAAUGGAAGAGUGAUGAUGGCUGAAAUCGCCCCAGUCAUCUUCAAGGGCUACAGGGAUGUGAGGAGAAAGCUCGGAACGGCUAAGGACCUGACAGACUGGUGUAUUCCUCUGGCACGUCUUUUAUGCUCCAGGGCUACAGAAGAGGAAAAGCGAAAAGCCAUUGUUAAAAUGGGAGAUGAUUUCGUUUCCAGAGGAUGGGCCUUUGCAGGACACAUCUGCUAUGUGGUGGCACGCAUGGAGCUGGGAUUACGUGAUACAUUUGACCUGAUCGGAUAUAAUCUGUUACACGUAUAUCAGUCAGCCCCACAGGAUGUGAUGGAGAGAACUGAGGUCUAUGAGCACGCAAUGUCUCUGACCUCAGGGAUCGGCCAGCCACACUUCCAGACGUUCAAGUACCUUCACGCCCUCAAGCUAGCCAAGGACGGACUUUCUGAUCAAGCACUCGAGUACUGUGAAGGAAUCGCUAAAAGCAUCUUCACAAUGCCUCGGCACGCCAGCAGCUAUUUAAUUGGAAGCGUUACAGAGCUUUCUUAUAAUCUGCUUCAAAAGAAGGCAGAAGAAACCGGGUGGCUGCUGAAACUUUGCCGGCUGCUCAGAGAUGUCCAUGCAUUUUAUCCUCCUGUUUCUUUUAACCUGAAGCAGCCCAGCUCCCCUCAGGAGUUCCAAGAGGAAUUAGAUUCACGGUACAUUGUGGGAGAGCUUUUGGGAAAAGGAAAACAAAGCGCUGUUUAUGCUGGAGUGCGUAAGGCAGACGGGAGACCGGUUGCCUUGAAAUAUUUGACCAAAAAGGUCAAAGAGUCAUUCCCUGGAACAAAGCCUCGGGAGGUGGAGUUAAUGGAGAUGGUGUCCAAGCAGCCUCGCUGUGAGAAUGUGGUGGAGCUGCUGGAAUGUCUCGAUGUGUCCACUUCUUUUGUCUUGGUGCUGGAGCGACCCAGCCCCUGCAUAGACCUCCAGACGUUCUGCAGAAUGCAGAGAAAUAAUCGUCUCUCGGAAGAUGUGGCUCGAGAGAUCAUGCGGCAGGUGGUUCAAGCUGUUGGUCACUGCAUUGCCCAUGGAGUUUUCCAUGGCGACAUCCAUUCCAAGAAUAUUCUGGUGAAUCCGGACACGCUGGAAGUGAAGUUGAUAGACUUUGGCUACAGCGAUUUGGUGUCAGACUGCGACAGGACGGGUAUUUAG